AAUAAAUUCUUUGGCAAUAAAACUGGAUGAUAUUGUUUCAACGCACAUAUGUUGCUUGAAAAAACACAAUGAAAAAAACACAGUUUUUGCUUCAGUUCCUUGCAACGUUUAGUGCUUUGCUAAGCAUUUUAUCAUCCGGAAUCCAUGAAGCCUGGACUUCCGUUUAUAUUCCAAAACUCCUCAAUGGCACCGACAGCAUACGGGUUAGCAGCAGCGAGGGCUCCUACAUAACUGUAUCUUUAGGAAUAGGAGGUUUGAUAGGAUGUGUGGUGGCAUAUUUCAUUUCUGACAACUUCGGAAGGAAAAAAACUAUACUUGUGACUUGUAUUCCCUUUUUCGUUUCGUCAAUUUUAUUAGCCUACGCUAAAUCCGUACCAAUAUUUUGUUUAUCUCGUUUAAUAUCUGGAAUAGCAUCAGGAAUGGCAUUUGCUGUUAUACCCCAUUAUCUGGGAGAAAUUGCCGAUCCAGAAAUACGAGGAACGUUGGGGACAAUGGUACCAAUAUUCAACCUUAUCGGUUUUUUAUUUAUUAAUACCGUGGGAUACUAUGUAAGUAUUACAACGUCGUCUUUGAUUACUUCCGUUAUACCUUUUAUUCUAUUGCUAUCGUUUGUGUGGAUGCCUGAAAGUCCUUACUAUUUGAUCAUGAUUGGUCAGUCUGACGCUGCUGAAAAAUCUCUAAGACAACUAAAAGGAAAGAAAGACGUUUCGCAAGAAUUAAAUGACUUAAACGACACAGUUUUAACACAAAUGAAACGAAAAGGGAAAUUAAGUGAAUUGUUUACAAAAAAAUCCAACCAAAGGGCCUUGUUCAUGGUAUUUAUUUUACUCAACGGAAAACAGUGGACAGGUAUCGGACCUAUAGACGCCUAUGCUCAGCUUAUUUUUCAACAGAUGUUUGAAACAUUAUCACCGUUAUUAAUAACGCUUGUUUAUUACCUCACGAGGUUUGGAAUGGUUAUCGUUAGUUCCUUUUUAGUAGAUAAAGUUGGAAGACGGCCUGUUCUUAUUAUUUCCUUCAUAGGGUCUGCCAUAACCUUGUUUCUUCUUGCUCUAUUUUUAUAUAUUAAAUCUAACACAUCUAUAGACACUACUAAUUAUGGUUUUCUUCCAAUAAUCUUCUUAGAAGGUUUUGCGAUUUUCUACAGUUUUCUAACUUCUGUACCGUUGUCCAUACUUGGAGAAUUAUUCCCAAUGAAUGUUAAAUCUUUUGCGUCAAUUUUUUACGAAGUCUAUCUUUACGGUAUCACAUUAAUUGUAAUCAAAUGUUUUCAAGUAUUGUCAGACAAUUUUGGUAUGGAAUCAUCUUUUUUUAUUUUUGCUAUGUCGUGUCUGAUUCACUUAGUGCUUGUGUAUAAAUAUGUUAUUGAAACUAAAGGGCGGUCUUUAGAAGAAAUUCAGAAAUAUCUGCAUUCAGCAUAGAAAAUUUCCAUCGACAAAUUAAUGUAAAUGUUAUAAAUAGCGACUAAAGUACAAAUCAGUGGACCAAAGCGGAUUUUUAAAGAAUCCUGAUAAAGUGAUAAAUCAUAAAGUAAACUCACCUUUGUACUUGCAUAAAAUAAUAUCUAAAUUGUACUUAUCUAAUUUCGUCAACAUUGUUACAUUAUUUUAAAUUUAUCUUAUCAGAAUGGACCAUUUUUGUAUUACAUUAAUUAAUUCAACUUCGAGUGUUGUAAUUCGUCACUUCAGCACACAUAUUAGAAAAAGUCUUGUAUUUUCAUCAGAUGACACUUUGUAAAGUAUACUCCUCGUGGACAUUAUAUUUAAUGUUUAAUUUAAUCUAUAAUUUUAUUUUUUAAGUAUUAAAAAAUUCGAAAAAUAAAUAAGUAAGAUUAAAUAACUAUGAUCUUUUUUUACUGUUUCCUUUAUUAUAACCAAGACUAUUCACUCGAUACUGUCACAAUUAUUGAUCUGUAAAUAAAUAAAAAAAGUGUUAUCUUAUCUUAUCAUUCCCGAUUGUGCAUAUGCUUGGGGUUAAUACCUGUACCAGAUUUUUUACAACUUGUUUUUACUAUUGAAAUUAUUAAAUUCAUUCUUUAGUUUUAUGUACAGAAACACCAUGUACAUACAUAAGGAAAUA